CCAGAGGAGGAAGUCCCACGCCACUUCCUCCGCUGGUCCCCGCCUCCGCUCCGGCGGGGGACUACGACUCCCGAAGGGCUAGGCGAGGAGAGGGCGGGCCGGCGCGGAGCGCAGAGAAACGACUAUGGCGGAGUCGCUGCCCCCGGAGAUGCUCACAUUCAUUUUGAGUUAUCUACCCCUGUCUGACUUGAAGGAAGCUUCCCUGGUAAGCUGGGACUGGUAUGCUGCAGCCCUGAACGUCAUGCGAAAGAUGAAUGUGCUGUAUAGCAUCCCCGUAUCUACCAUCUCCAUCGCCAGCAUCAAGAGCCUGGGCCAGAGGGGCAUAAGCUCUGUCCGCAUAACCCACAUGGACAGCUCGGCUGCUUCCCAAGAUGGUCUCCAGGCUGUCUCCCGCUAUCUGGGCUCCCAACUUCAGAGCCUGUCGCUCAACAGCAAUCACUUGAGCGUGCCCUUCUUCACAAGCCUGCUCGUGGGCUGUCGCACCCUCCGUACAUUGGAUCUCAGUGGAGCCAACACCCUUUUCACCAACGGGGUGCUGCUGGCCAUACCUACGGACUACCAGCAGGCCCAAGAGGCCCUGAGUGGCCUGCGGGAGCUCAACCUGGCCAGCCUGCGCUACCUCACGGACCUCACUUUUAACAGGCUCUGCAACUGUGCUCCAAAGUUGGAGUACAUCUCCCUGGCUCGCUGUCACAUGCUCUUCGAGUUUGACCCCUAUUAUGGCGCAGGUAUCCCUAUGAACUCCCCCACCAUUUUAUCCUUUAGGAAUUUGCUCCAUUUUGUGCAGGAACGGGCCUCCCACCUGCGAGGCCUGGACCUGAGCGAUACCAAAAUCACCCCCGGAACCCUAGCCACUCUGGGCCAAGUGGACGGUCUGCAUCUGGAGAAACUAGUCUUGCAGGGUUGCCGAGAGCUGACUGAUGACUCUGUGGUCACCUUAUGCCGCCUACAACCUGGUCUGACCACCCUGAACAUUGAUGGCUGCCCAGAGCUGGGUGACACGGCGGUGGUGGCAAUCUGCCAGGGAAUGCCCCGCCUGCGGCAUUUGCAAAUAGGUCGGUUGCAGCAGCUUACAGACGAUGGCCUCUCAGCUCUGGGCCGCCUGCGGGAGCUGCAGAUCCUGGAUAUGGCGGAGUGCUGCCUCAUCUGUGGGGAGGGGCUUACUCGAGCUCUGGGUGCUGAGAAGAUCCUGCCUCCCAUCACCACCCUCAAUUUGGCCUAUUGUGCUCUUGUCAAAGAUGUAAGCGUGCUCCCGCUGGUCAGUCUGUUAAGCCGCACCCUGCGCAUGCUAGACUUAUCCUUAUGCACAACUCUCACCAAUAAGAGCCUGUGUGCCAUUUUCACCCAGCUGCCCAAACUGAAAAGUCUGCAUAUGGCCUGGUGUAAAGAAAUCACUGACUGGGGACUUCUAGGCCUCUUGGAGUACAGUAGUUCUAAAAUUCAAGACCAGAAGAGAGAGCCUCUCCUGGAGCCCUGGCCAUCUCCUAAUCUCUCUGCUGAAUCUGAAGAGGCCAGUACUUCACAAGGAGUAUGCUACACCUCCAUCUCCUGCCUGAGAGUCCUUCAAGAACUGGAUCUUACAGCUUGCUGCAAGCUGACCAACACCAGCCUGACCAUGGUGAUAAAAUUCCCACAGCUGAGAAAGUUGACUUUAAGCAUGAUCCCUCAGCUGACGGACGCAGCUCUGGUGGCCAUAGCCCAGGGCUGCCCCGCCCUGGAGCAGUUGACCCUGCGUCACUGCCGCCAGCUGAGCGAUGCCGGCUGGAUAGAGGCCGCUGGCUUCCUGCCCAGACUGCAUUGCCUCAACAUCUCUGGCUGCAGUCAGCUCACUGAAAAGACACUGAGUGCUCUCAGCAGCUCCUGCCGGCAGCUAAAGGUGCUAGACGUGUCCCUUUGCGAGGGCAUCCAGCUGGCAGCUAUUGAACGCCUGAGGGCCCAGCUGCCCUUGGUGACCUGGGUCUACUCACACUUCAUGGGUGCAAAUGAGCUAAAAUCUUACUAAACAGCUCCCCUGGGAGCCACCAUACCUCACAGCUAAAGGA